AUUAUACUUACGAGGUGUGGGAGUAUGAAGUGCACGGAAAUUAAGGAUUCAUAUGGCUUUUUUGUGCAGAAUGGCAUCUGUAAGCCCAGAAGACAACACAGACAAUGAUGCAAUGCCUAAAGAAUUGGCUGCUGAAAGCAAGCUGUAUGUGGAUGUUGGUAUGGAAUGCAUACCCAUUGUGUAUCGUGAUGAGUACAACAUACGUUUGCUUGGCAUGGAAAAACUGCACCCAUUUGAUGCUGGAAAAUGGGGGAAUGUUGUAAAAUAUUUGAAGAAGAAGAAAUUGCUGAAAGAUUUAAAAUUAGUGUGCCCAAAUGAAGCCACUGAGACUGACUUACGCUUCGUACAUACAGCAUCAUAUCUUAGAAGUCUGAAGUGGAGUGUGAAUGUUGCAAAAAUUACAGAGGUUGCUCCAGUAGCACUUUUGCCAAAUAUGGUUGUGCAGAAAAAGGUAUUAAAACCAUUCAGAUACCAAACAGGAGGAAGUGUCUUGGCAGGGAAACUAGCAGUGGAGCGAGGAUGGGCAAUAAAUAUUGGGGGUGGUUUUCAUCACUGCAGUGGAAACAAGGGUGGUGGCUUCUGUGCCUAUGCAGAUAUUACACUAACCGUGCACUUUAUUCUCAACCAUUACCCUAACAUUCAGAAGGUUAUGAUCAUUGACCUUGAUGCUCACCAGGGUAAUGGGCAUGAACGUGACUUCAUCGGCAGAAAAGAUGUCUACAUACUCGAUGUCUACAACAAAUACAUAUAUCCAAAGGACACCUAUGCGAAGAGGGCAAUAAGUCGAAGAGUUGAACUGUUUGCAUACACACAGGAUGAUGAAUAUCUUGAGAAGAUCACAACGCAUGUGGAAGGGGCCCUGAAUGAAUUUAAUCCACACGUGGUCAUAUACAAUGCUGGAACAGACAUUAUGGAAGGAGACUGUUUGGGACUGCUGUCAGUGACUAAACAGGGUAUUGUAGACAGGGAUGAGAUAGUUUUCCAGAAGGUGAGAGAGAGGAGUAUUCCCAUCAUCAUGGUUACCAGUGGUGGCUAUCAACGUGUAACAGCAGCUGUAAUUGCUGACUCUAUUGCAAACCUGAACAGAAAGUCACUAAUAGAUAUGAGAGUACAAUAAGUUGACUUUGAGUCUCUUUUAAGACAUAAUUGGCUUUAAAGAUGUGAUCUUUUAAUUUUAGACAGCUUUUGUUUUCAAUUUUUCAUCUCUAUGGUUAACUGAUAAUCAGUUAACUUUGAAUCUUUGUUAAGCCGCAGUUGGCUCUAAAAAUUGCAAGUUUACUUUUAAAAAGUUUUUAUUUUCAACUUCAGUGUGUACAGUCAACUGAUUUUAAGCUUAUUUUGAAUCUCAUUUGAGACUUAAUAGUAAUUUUAAAAAUAUAAUAUUUAAACAGUUUUUGUAUUCAACAUUCAAUCUUUAUAGUUACCUGAUGACAAGCUUACUUUGAAUCUCUUAAGACUUAAUUGGUUUUAAAAGAUGUAAUAUUUUAUCUUUAGACAGCUUUUUCACCUCUAGUCUAUAUGGUUACCUGUUAAUUUUUAAAUUUUAUUUUUGCUUAAUUAAGGAGAAAAUUUUAGUACUAUAUGUAGUUUAGUAUUCUUUUGCAAGUGUCUGUAUGUUUGUGUUUGUAUAUAUAUCCUCUCUCUCUCUUUCUUUCUUUCUUUCUCUUUUUGUGUAGCAUGCAAGGGGUCUGUCCGAAGAUAGCAGGAUACAGACACAGAAAUGGCAGUAUCUCAUUCACACAUUUGCUGCCUAUCAAAAUAUGUAGUUUCAUCCUUUGAAACCAACUAAUAGAACCAUCUUAUAACAUCAGGCAGUAUGAACACAAUGCUCUUGAAAAUAGCAAAAAAAAAAAAAAAGAAAUAGCACUCAAAGUGCUUCACUUUCAAAGUAUCUUGCUUUCAAAAAAAGAAAAAAAAAGAAAAUCAAAUCAAAUGGGCCCAAGGCAAGACUCAACAUAUGAUAACUUUUGCAUCUAAGAAUUAUAUUUGAUUAACUAUGAGAGCUUGCCUGCCUUUCUUUAACCUUGUACCAAUGAGCACUAACACUACCUGGCUGUGAAGUUACUUAUUGAUUGUGUAUAUUGAUGGAUUGAAUCAGGAGCAAAUUUUUGGGAGAAGUCAUGUAAUCUUCAAUUUUUGUUGAAGUAACUUCAAACAGAAAUAUGUGGAUCAUAUUGGUACAUCUACAUUUAAUCACCUGUGAUGACAUAAAAGUCAUUCAUAGUGUUUCUAUCAUUUUACUUUUUCAUCAAAUAAUUACUCCAAUAUACUGUAUCCUUUAUAUACUCUGGAAUCAUCUCUUAUGUCAGACACCUAAUAUGCUCAAAGCCUCUUGACCUGGAUGUGUUCAUGCUUGACAGUCACGCAGUAGAGGGGCCAAUCUUUGGGUUUUCUGAUAUAUAGAUCAUGGUAAUUUUUCUGUCAUGCUCCAACAGUUUAGCGACAGAAGAAAUAAUGAUCAUAACCAUCAAUUUCAUUCUCUUCAUUUGUUCUGGUUCAAGUAUUCUACAGUGUGUGUGUGUGUGUGUGUGUGUGUGUGUGUGUGUGUGUGUGUGUGUGUGUGUGUGUGUGUGUGUGUGUGUAAGAAUUAUUUCUGUUAAAAUAUGCCAAAAAAAAACAACAAAAAAAACAUACAACUCAGACAGGAAGAAAAAGUGGCCCAUUUCAUCAGGUGUUUAUGCAUAAGCAUUGAUAUAACUGUAAUCACAAGUCCAGAAGCAAGUAAACUUUGAGGUCCACAAUUUAAUAACUUAAAAACAUGCAUGUUGUUGAAUGAAUCUUGCUAUUUGCUAGUCUUUAGGAAUAGGAAAUUUAUAGCUGACAUAGUGAUCUGUCAAAAAUGUAGAGUACUCUAUUGGAUGUAUAUUACUUAAACCAGCUAAAUACCUUUCAUGUUUCUCAUUAGUUUAGUUGUUAGAAAUGAUACUAAAAAUGUUCUAUAACGGUAUAGGUAAUAAGAUUUGAUAACAGUUUUAUGACUGUAUUGUACUAGAAGAUAAGGAAGGUUGUCAAAAAAGUAAAGAUAGUCACUGUUUCUAAAACAAAAUAUUGUACUCCAUGAAAAUUUAUCUCAUAGAUAGAGAACAUUAAAAGCUCUUUUUAGGCAUAAGCAUGCUAUGAUAAUACAGUUUUAGAAUUGUAAAAGUAACAGUGAACCUAGAGGUGUAGGGUUGAAGGAAGCUGAGGCAGAAAUUGGUUUAGUGUUCAUUUUGCAAAAUGAAAGGAAGAUGGCAAACAAAACUUCUGCUAGAUCUUAAAAUUUCACUAUAUUAAGAUAAAGCUCAAUAUUUCAGAUAUCUUCAGAAGCCAGAUCUCUCAAGAAAACAGAUUUGCAUAAAUUGAAAGUCAACAAAUAAUUCUUUUGAGAAAAUACAUUCUGGCAUUAUUAAGUUCAUAAUGGAAGGCACGUAAACAAAACCCACAGAUAGUACCAAGAGGUUGUUUUUAAAUCCCAAGACCAUACAUCAAAUAAACUUCAACAUCCAGAAGUGCCUGUCCCAGCUUCAGCCUUUGACUAAAGCUUAUAUCCCUUAAGUAGCUUUAUUUCAAGUUAGAUAAGAAGGAUCUUUGGCUGUGCAUAGGUUAUCAAUUUACAUGUGAACAAGGCUUUUAAUAUGAUCAUUCCUCAGCUUUUUUUUUUUUUUUUUUUUUUAAGAAAUUUAAAUAAUUGCUUAUGGGUGUAGUAUAUUAUCUAAUUCAAGACUUUAGAAUUGUACAGAGGAAUGUGUAUUUGUAUGUGUGCGUGUGCGUGUGUGUGUGUCUGCAUGCUUAUGUGUGUAUAUAUGUACUUAUAUAUUUUUUUAUGUAUGUACAGUAUAUGUGUUUAAAGACAAAACAUUAGACAUAUGCUGUUUUCUGUUGAGAGGUGGUAAUAGCACUCAGAAUAUGCGGGACUGGAACUUUGUUUGGAAGGAAGUCCUCAUCUAUUUCCACAGAUGCCUCAUGAUUUUCAUAUUUUUUCUGCAUCCAUGUAGGUGUUACCCCUUACAUGUUAUCAUUUUUCUGGGGCAUUUAAUUUAUCAGCAGCAGUGGUCAUUAAGGUCAUUACACUGUUGAUUGUAGCCAACUCUUCUGUGUCGUAUCUACACACCUGUAAGCACUUAUUUGCCCCCCACCCAUCCCCCACCUUUAGUAGCUAGUGUUUCUGCCAGCCAUGACCAAGUGAUUGAAUAGACCACAAUCACCAUUUGACACUUAUCCUAAAACAUUUACAUUGGGGUUGUUUUAAAGGUGUAAUGUAUUGGUUGUUCAGUCACUUAGUUAUCUCUAGCCAUGUCUCUGGCUACUAGAAUUAAGGUAGAAUUAGUUAUAAUGAAUGUAUGUUUUUACUUAUGUGAUUAAUCUGGUGUUUGAAUGCAGUCCUGUCCAGUGACUGUAGAGUCUCAAAAAGGCCUUAUAAUUUUGCUUUAGUCCAAUUUUAUAUGUAAUAUUAUAAUUAUUGUUAUAAUAUUACACAGUUGUGUUUGUUAUGAGAGAAACUAUAUUUAGAUUAUCAUAUGACUUCCUAAAUUAAUUUAUAUUAUUGGCACACAUUUUUUUCCAGAUAGUUAUAUCUAUAAUACUAAAUAUCUUUGAAUAUCAUUAUCACCUUCUAUUGUAGAGCAUAAUCUUGUCAUUCCAUUUUUCAUUUCUCUCUUUCCCUUAGUAUUAUAAGCUUUAUGUUGUUCAGUCCUUCUUCAGAACUCAUGUUCCUUAGAACUGGUCCCAUCUUAAGGCUGUUCUUUAGAAUUCAUCUAUAUCUUUCGGUAAGAGUGGAUUCUAUGUUAGGGCAGCAGACUUUAUAGUACAUUCUGAUAAUCACGUGAUAAAAGGUCAUGUACAGUGCAUGCCUUGUCUGCACCUUUAAGAGCAUAGUCAAAGCUACAAAGAGCCCUAACAAUUUGUUGACACCCAGGCUUAGGCCAAUAGCUUGACCAUCAACUAUGUCUUGACACCAGUCACCAGCAGAUUAACAGCUAAUUUUUUUUGCUUUCUUUCUUUCUUUUCUUUUCUCUUAAUUUCUUGUCUUUCUAUUCCAAAAAGAACCUGACAAUAUCUUUUCAGCAUGUAUAGCAUGAAUCCUUCUUUAUUUAUUGUCCAGCUUUGUAUUAUUGCACCUUUCAAGAUUUUUUUUUAUUUUUAUUUAUUAUAUGUCCAUAAAAUAGACAUUUUCAAAUACUAUAGUAUUUGUGAAAAGGAAGAUUUCCCAAGAAAUUUCAUUUUUAUAUCACUAAUGGCAAAAUCUACAACAUAUACACCUGCUAUUGUAUAAAAUUUUUAUCACCAGUCUACAGUAUAUAUAUUUAUAAUGACAAGCAUUGUUAGAUGGAAACACAACAAAUUUCUUCAUAAUAAGACUAUAUUAAUAAAGUGCUUGACAGCUACUCCCACCUCUCCUAAACAGCAUAUGAAAUAAGCUGAUUAUCACAAAAGCUCUUAGAUGCUGCUCAAGCAAUUGGGAUACUUCUAUAACCAUUUUGGUUCACAUGAGGUUCUUUACAAGAUCAUAUAUGUGGAAGUACUUUUUUUUGUGUGUGUGUGAAUGCAAAACAUUCUGAUUGCUUGUGCUCAUUUGCUUUUGCAUUUUGCAAAUUGCAGUUAUAACUUGGGUAGAUGUGUACAUAAAACAUCUGUAAUUGUCAUUUUACUUAGUAUUUGGUAGGUGUGUUAUACAGAAAACUAAGUACUCGUACGUAUGUCAGCAAAUUUAUUAUACUUUAGUUUUAAAAGUUAGAUAACAAGCACCAUCACUCAUACUGUAUGUGUUUUCAUUGUCAAUAUAGGAGCACUUUGGUAUAAAAAAUACAUAAUAUGAUCCAAAUUAUAAUAAUAUUUGAGAUGGUAAUGAUAUAAUUUCUAGAAUAACUGCCCACUUUGAGACACCCCUCCCACAUAAAUAGCACCUUAACAAAGACUUAUGCAAGUAGAUUUUUUUGAGACAAGCAACAGUAGAGAACUACAGAACUACCAUUUUGCUUUUUGCUUGCCUGCUCCUGCCCUCCCCUACCCUUCUCUCUAUAUCUUUCAGUCUUUCUCUCAUACAUUUUUUUUUUUUUUUUUUUUUUUUUUUUUUUUUAAUCUCUCACAUUUGUGUACUGAUUUAAUUAUAUAUUUGUCCAUUUAUAGGAACCAGGAGUAAGACAUUAUUUCAUUACAUUAGUAUAGUGUCUUGCAAUUUGGCAGAGGCCAAAAGCCAAACUGCAGUCUUCCUUGAUUGAAUUUCAGUUGUGCAAUGCAUUUGAAGUAUUGAGUUGUAGAUUUUAUGAUUUUAACUAAACAAAUGCUCAAGUGCCUCAAAGAAGCCUUUUUAUUUGAUCUAGCUCAUAGUAGGUCACUAGGAUUUAUAUGUGAUAAAAGUAUUUUACCUUACCAUCUGACAUGGAAGGUAAGAUGGAAUUGUACAUAUUCUUGUUUUGAAGGGAAUAUAUAUUCUAAAGUCUGUAGAAUAGCAAUUACAUAUUAGAUUAAUAGAAGCUGUUCAGCAGUAACUGUAAUUUACAAUUUUAAAUUAAUAUUCAUCAAAGAAUCUCUUAUAGUUGUAGCAUUAAGGCAAUGAUAAGGGUAUUGCAUUACAGAAAAUAUAUCAUUUUUAGAUAUUUUACCAUAUUGCCUCAGCUUUUAUAAUCAACAUUGUAAUCAUAUGUGUGUAUUUUUGUGUGAUAUUUUGAGCGAGUAUGUGUGUGUGUUUGUGUGCUGCUCUCAUCAGUGUUAUAACGUGUGUGUGCGUGUCUGUGUGAAGGAGAGAAUGUGCUUACAAAUAUGCACAUAUGUUUUUUUUUUCUUCUUCUUCUUUUCAUGAAUUGAUAUUUUUAGGCUCAUAGCCAAUGUUCUUAUAUUGCUCUAAAGAUUUUAUCUGGAAAUUAUAUUAGAUCUAGAAAUUAGGUAGAAUUAGAGGACCUCUUUAUUUUUUAUGUACUUUAAAUUAGUAUUCCAGUAUUAUUAAUAAUAUCCUUGUAGUAUAAUUUUGGUUGUGAAUUGAGCAUAAAAAACCUUUAUUGGAGAAAGGGAGACCAUGAAAAUAUGUUAAACAAACUGUCUGGAUUUGCUUUUCAGCAUUAUUGUGCCAUUCAUUCUGAAAUGCAUUUUAUCAUUUUGUUUCAACAAAUUUAAAAACAAAGUAAAAGAAAAAUACCAUUCAAGAGAAAUCUUUAGGCAUAUGUGCUGAGUAAAGUUUUGACAUAUUUAGCUGCCUUGUGUGGAAUGUAUAUGUUUUCCUUUACAUCCAGAGAAACUUCUUUUAGACUAGUAGACCCAGAGCCGAAUUUAGAAAUGGGCAAGUUGGGCAAUUGCCUGGAGGCCUCCGCAUAGUUCAGAAAAAAAAAGUGUCGAAGAUAUAUUUCUAACUGAUAGUUCUUGGAACAAAUGUUUAGCUUAACUCAUUCUAUAUUUUGCAUCUUUAUUAGUUAGUAGGUCAGACAGACCUCCCCACUUACAAGCAACCCAAGGGCCUCAAAAUUUCCAAAUCUUGCACUGAGUAAACCAAGUAAAUAAGUCGGCACUAACAGUAGAUAGUGAAUAAUGCAUAUACAUUACUCUUUAGUUACAUAGUGGAGAGUACAAAUCAGAAGUGAGACUAAAUAAUGUAGUAACUCAGGGUUUAGUCCCUUGUGCUUCAUCAUAUUAUGAAAUUGAUAUAUUGAAGUUUUUGCAUGUGAUCUCUACAUUUUCUAGCAUACUUUGAAUGUAACAGCUGAAAGAAUUCCUAUUUGUACGAAGAAAGUUACCUAUGAGCAUUUCCCUAGUUGUAUUCUUGUUCAUGUUCAGGGUACAUGUUUUUCACCUGAAUCUGUUGCAAAAAUUCAGUUUGCAGUACAACAUUGUGAAGAACAGGAGAAAUUGUAAUUCUUAGGUUUUGUUUCUUAUUCAAAAUAUGUUAUGUAAAUAAUUGUAUCACUUUUGUUAGAUAAGAAAGACAUUGCUUAAUUGCAUCUUAUUUCAGAUAGAGUAACUAAGGACACAAGUCUUUAGAAGCUGUUCAGAAUUAUACAGGAUUUACUAGAGAGCUUUAUGGCCUUGCUAUAUAUGCUUUAUAGAUAAUAUUUUGUUCCUGCAGAACUAUAUGUUUACAAAUAGAGCUCUCUCUAAUAAUUAUCCUCCUUAUGCUUGAUUUCUUUUUUAAUUUCCUGACGUUAAUCAAUUUCUAUCCUGUCCCCUUCUUUCUCUGAAGAAGUGUAUUCUUUUAUUUAGCACAUCCUUAACUGAUUCUUUUCAUCUGUUACUGUAGAGGCAGCUUUAGCAUUACUUAAUUGUUUUAUUAUUUAAUUGUUGUAAGUGUGUAAAGAAGGCAGGGUACCAUUGUUCACUGUGUACACUCAUUGGCUGCUAAGCUUCCAUAUGUUCUGUGAAUUAGGACAUGAUGCAAAUGAAGCAUUGUGAACACCAUAUUAUAUAACCACAUGAAAUAUAUAGUGUGCCUGUAUUGCCCAAGUAAUUCUGGUUUGCACUUAUGUAUAUUUCCAAAGGGAAAUUAUCCUACAACACCCAAUAGAUGCAUAGUCCAUAGUAUUGGAUGCUAGAUGCCAUAUUAAUGUAUAUGUAGUUUGACAUUGCUUGAAUGGAUGUUGAUCAGCAAAUGGUUGAAUAGCAGAUACAUUCAUUUAUUUCUCUCUCUCUUCUGUGUGUCUGUGUCUGUGUCUGUAUGUACAUCUUUACAUGUUUACACACACACACACACACACACACACACACACACACACACACACACACACACACACACAUAUAUAUAUUGGGAUGCAGGUCUCAUAUUGGGAAAGAAGAUUCUUAGGAGAUGGCUCCCACUACCCAACCCUAAUACUCAGUCUGUACAUAUUAGUAUAUUAUGGUAUACACUUUUCCACAGAAUCUAUUUCACCAGUUUUAUAUUGUUUAUUUACAUACUGCACAUUUUGUUAAUAAUUCAUCUUUACCAGGAAUUGUUAUAAGGUAUUAAAUUCUGUUCCUUAGACAUGAAAAUAAAGUUCGAAUCCAUAUUAAUUUACAGUGGAUGGGCAAGCAGGUACUUCAUAUUUUUCAUUGUGAAUCUAAUAAGUGUUCAGAUGUUUCAAACUGUGAUUGAGUUGAAUGGUAAAACACUUUCCUAUGUUGACAAUGCACAAACAAGAUUUAUUGAGAAGUGAAGUGCUAAAGAGGAAAGUGAGAGGAAGUAGUGGAAGUGGAAGAAAGGAUAACCAACAUGGUAAACAUAGGCAUUAGUCUCACUAAGCAUCUGUCUCAAGAUAAAAAUGCUGUAUCCAAGGAACAAAACAACAACCUUUUCUGCCAUCAGUGUGACACAGGCUGCCAGAAGAAUUGGUCAGCUGGACAUAUUGUCUGAUGUCCAUGCCAACAGACGGCCUGAUUCAACCUCAACAGAACUUUUUCUCCUGCCUACAGUUUCAUUGCUUCCCAAAUCCUCCAACUAUGCCCUAAUGCCAUCCACUUUGCUUCUGUACACCUUUCCUCUUCAAAAUGUUGUCUCACUUUUCAUUAAAUCAUGUUUGUGCAUUGUGGCUUUUUCUACCAUGAAAUAGUUAUAUAAAAGCAUUACCAUAACUGCCUAUUUUUCCAUUUUGUUGUAUAGAAACAAAUUUAUGAUAGCACUUUUCUGCUUACAGUGUACUGAUUAUUAAUAUCAAAUACUGUCUUUAGAGUGCCUAAGCUCAUUUUUGUAAUGUGUAUUUAGCAGCAACCAGUAUUUAAGUCUUUCAAUAACAUGUUUGUAGGAUUUAUAUAAAAGAAAAUGUAUUAUUAGAUGUAGUUAUACCAGUUUAUAUAAGGCAGUUGUCAGUGGUAAUGUUUGAUUACUUUGGUUUAAUUAAGUCACAGAAACAAAAUAUUCAUUUAUAAGACUUGUGGUUGUACUGUUGUACAAAUUGAUCUCUAUCCCAAAACCUUCCAAUGUAAAAUUUCCUAGAACAGGAAGUGGAAAUACUUAUAUUAGUUAAUCUCUUUCUCCUGUGAAUUUUGACAAGUUUUAUUAAACUAUGGAAACUA